GUGCUCCUCCUGCAUGUAGUGACACAUCCUGUUCCCGUGGACCCAUCUUCGCAGGGUGGUGGUGCUGGUCGUCAGAGGAAGAGCCUCCUGCACCGAGAACAACAGGAAGGGGUUCGAACUCACGGCUGCGUCUGAAUCCUCCGCGGAAAAACUCCUCCGGACGCUUCAGCGAUGGCGGAGGCCCACCAGGCGGUGGCGUUCCAGUUCACCAUAACCCCGGAGGGCAUCGACCUCCAGCUGUCCUACCAGGCUCUGAACCAGAUCUACCUGUCCGGAGUCCGAUCGUGGAAGAAACGAGUCAGCCGCAUCAGGAACAGGGUGAUUAAGGGAGUGUACCCCGCCAGCCCCUCCUCCUGGCUCUUCGUCGUCAUAGCGAUCCUGGCCACCAUGUACAUGCGCUCGGAUCCCAGCAUGGGGCUCAUCGCCAAGAUACAGCAACACCUGCCGCUCAGCCUGCACGUGUCGCUCAGCGCUCAGGGUCAGACCAUGUUGUCGGCGCUGGUCUUCAGCACCCUGCUGUGGCUCUCGCUCAUCCUCGCCCUCAGGUUCUGCCUCAAGCUGCUGCUCUCCUACCACCAGUGGAUGUUCGAGCAGCACGGCAGAGUUUCCAACACCACCAAAGUCUGGGUGACGCUGUUGAGGUUGUUAUCGAGCAGGAAGCCUCUGCUGUACAGUUACCAGACGUCUCUACCUCACCUGCCUGUUCCUGCCAUCAGAGACACACUGAGCAGGUACUUGGAGUCAGUGCGCCCCCUGCUGACGGAUCCGGAGUUUGAACGGAUGACUGAACUGGGGAAUCAGUUCGAGUCCAGUCUGGGAAACCGUCUCCAGCGCUACUUGAAACUGAAAGCUCUGUGGGCCACCAACUAUGUGAGUGACUGGUGGGAGGAGUUCAUCUACCUGAGGAGCCGAGGUCCCAUCAUGGUCAACAGUAACUACUACGGCAUGGACUUUCUGUAUGUGACCCCGACCCCGCUGCAGGCUGCCAGAGCAGGAAACACCAUCACUGCCCUGCUGCUCUACCGCCGCAAAGUCAACCGGGAGGAACUCAAACCGAGUCGUGUUCCAGGUACCGUCAUCCCUCUGUGUGCCGCUCAGUGUGAGAGGAUGUUCAACACAACACGCACUCCAGGAGAAGAGACCGACGUGCUGCAGCACUGGCAGGACAGCGAGUUCGUGGCGGUGUACCACAAAGGCCGCUUCUUCCGCCUGUGGGUGUACCGCGCAGGCCGCCUGCUGUCUCCACGAGAGAUCGAGUUCCAGGUCCAGAGGAUCCUGGACGACUCCUCACCUCCACACACUGGAGAGGAGAAACUGGGAGCUCUCACUGCUGGAGACAGGGUUCCUUGGUCCCACAUCAGGAAGCAGCACUUCGGCUCCGGCAUCAACAAGCGCUCGCUGGAUGCCAUCGAGAGGGCGGCGUUCUUCGUUACGCUGGACGAUCAGGAGCAAGGCAUGAGGGGGGAGGACCCGGCGGGAAACCUGGACCGCUACGCCAAGUCGCUGCUCCACGGGAAAUGUUACGACAGGUGGUUCGAUAAAUCGUUCUCUAUUGUGAUCUACAAGAACGGGAAGAGCGGACUGAAUGCAGAGCACUCCUGGGCCGACGCUCCCACUGUGGCUCACCUGUGGGAGUACACCCUGGCCACAGACGCCUUCCAGCUGGGCUACACUGAGGACGGGCACUGUAAAGGGGAGGUGGACCGCUCGCUGCCCCACCCUCAGAGGCUCCACUGGGACAUUCCCUCGGAG